UUAAAGGCAGAUGUUUGAACCAAAAAUAGAGUUGAUGUUCAAACAAAGCAAAGAACUAUAAAUUGGUGAUGAUGACUGGUGUAUUGUCCAUACACAGAAGGAUUUAUAUCAUAAAAUUAUAGAAUAUAAUCUUGAAAUGGCUAACCAUAAGCAGCUUGUCUGUUGUCUUCUUCUGCUCCUGUCUCUGGUUGGAUCAAGCAUGGCUGCUCAUUCCAAUUCCAGUGAUGAUUUGUUUGAAUGGGUGCAACAAGAUAAUCGCCGGUUCCUGCAUGCUGUUAUCAGAGUCAGCGAUCUCAAUCGCACCAUUAAGUUUUACACAGAAGCCUUUGGGAUGACGUUGUUGAGGAGAACAGAAAUCCCAGAAGAAAAACACUCAAAGGCAGUCAUUGGAUAUGGCCCUGAAGAAUCUCAUUUUGUCCUGGAGUUGAUACAGAGUAUACUGUCUAUUUGACUUUACAUAUAACAUAAGCUGCCAUUUCUUUACAUACUUCUAUGCAUAUUCAGGAUGAAUGCCUUUUGCCUACACCAAAGAUGAUACUAAUUACCUCAUUCUAUCCUUCACAGUCUAUGGGGUGGACAAGUUGGAGAUUGGAACAUCCUUCGGACAUUUUGGGAUUGCAAGCCAAGAUGUGUGUGUCAUAGAGUGAUCUAAAUCACAUUCAUUAAAAAUUCAGAUUACAAAAUUUAGUUGUUACUUACCCGUCUGAAUCUUCAGGUUUACAAAACGGUGGAGGAGAUUCGGGCCAAGGGUGGAGUCGUCACACGUGAACCAGGGCCAAUUCAGGAAGGGGGCACAACCAUUUUUGCCUUCGUGCAGGAUUUUGAUGGCUAUAGCUUUGAGAUCAUUCAGAGGCCUCCAACUCCAGAACCACUUUGCCAAAUAAUGCUGAAUGUAGCUGAUCUCGAUCUUGCUAUUGAAUUCUAUGAAAAGGUACAGCAAUUCUAAGCAUGCUGCAUUUUCUUCAGUUUACAUGUAUGUUUAUGUUUAAUCAAUCGAAGCUACCUAUCUUUACCCACCAACCCUGUGCAGGCCUUGGGCAUGAAGUUACUACAGAAAUAUGAUAUCCCUCAGGAGCAGGUAAGUAAAUUAACCUGUAACUUCUAUACAACCAUAAAUGUAGAUUACAAGAUUUGAGACUCAGAUUCAUACCUGCACGGAAGCUUUAGCACUCCAGGGUACAGGAUCAUUUCUUUGACGUGUUUUUUACUGGACAGUUUGCCAUUGCUAUGAUGGCUUAUGGAUCAAACUUAACUCAGACAACUGCCGUGGAGUUGAAAUAUAACUAUAAUGUGACUGAAUACACCACUGGAAAUGGA